CGGGCCUGCUAGCCUUCUGUGUCUAAACGGCCACGUUUCUUUUCCCGCCGACCACCACCAACACAAACCCGCCAUAUUCAGAUAAGAAACCGGAGUUCAGUGGAUUGUCACUAUUCCAUUCUCUUCUGAAAAAUGGAUCAAUCCGGAGUUCCAGAGCCUGUCCUUAACCACCGUCUCCUCCUUGACGACGGAAUCGUCACGCCAAUGAUUCUCACAGCUGACGGUUGGCUUCGGUGGUCGGAGAAAGGCCAACAGUCUCUGGCCAUUGGGAAAGAGGUUAUAGGAUUGUCCAUGGAUGGUCCAAAGAUUAGGAUCAAAGCUCUCGUUGAGGACCGUGGUGGAUUGUGGUGCUUUGGGAGCAGCGGAGCUUUGGUGAGGAAGGAGUCUGUGUUUCAGCCCCGUGAAUGCAGCGAUUUGCUUGGUGCCUUUAUCUUUCUUUUCCCCCUAUUUCCACGUUCUUACAAGCAUCACAUUGUUUAG